AUGACGCGGAGUCUCUUUUGGACGCUGGCUCCCGGCUCGCUGGCAGUUGUUGCGUUCGUCCUUAUCACGACAGCCCUGUUCGGUCAGCACAGCAGGUGGCUGGAUGGCAUCUACUUUCUUGAGGUCGAUGUGUCCAAGAUGUCCAUUCCCCCGAAGCUCGGGGAGUCGAGUAUUCUGAAUGACAUCUCGAAGGUCUCCGGCACGGAUUACACUGGACAAAACUCCACCGCCAAUUCCCUCGGUGUCGCCAGCAGAUACACUGUUGGUUUGCUCACGGCUUGUGGACGCGGCAAUGGGACUACCUCGUGCAUGAAGUCGCACGUCGGCUACUAUUUCAACAUUCCGAAAGUCCUCCGCUUCUCGGCCACUUCCUUGCAAGGGAACGUGAACAGCACCUUUAUGGAAGCCACAGAAUCCUACAAAACAGCGAGCGCCUUCAUGUCCGGCGGUCUUAUCGCCUCUAAUGUGUUCAACUUCUUGGUAUCCAUCGUAGGAUGGUUUUCGCCGAGAGGAGCUGGCGUCAUGAGUGGCAUUUCGACGUGCUUUGCGAUCUCCGCAACCAUCGCGGCAAUUGUGGUCUUCAACAAAUUUAAUAAUGCGAUAACGGCCACCUAUUCAAGAUCUAUCGACUUGACGAGCAGCCUGGGCACGUCUGCUAUUGUCAUCACCUGUGUGGCCGCCUUUAUUUCGCUACUGGCAAGCAUCUUGUACGUCAGCCGUUCGCUGAGGGAGGAUCCAACCCGCCAGCCGCGCCGCCUCAGGAACCGGCCGGUUGCUCGUUCAGCCGAGGAGAAGUCGAUGCCUCUGAUGGAGGGCGACAACAGCUACGGCGGCUACAACAUGGAAGGUAUCGAGGUGCAUCAUGGUGCGACUGAUGGCGCCGGACAUCAGCAAAAGAGCGGGUUGAUGAGUUUCGUGGGCGGCAAGCACAACUAUGUCCAGGUCGAGAAGCAAGUUCCCCAGGGUGGAGAUGAUAUUGCGAAUCAGCCGCUGUCUACCCUUGGCUCGCCACAAUUGGGACCGAGACUCGACAAUGACUGGGCAGCUCCAGAUGAGUACACGCAGAAGAGGAAGCCAGUUCCCAGCGCUCCGAGGCUCAACAUCCCUGGCAACCGCCAGACGAGGGAUCUAAGUGCCAGUUACGAGCCGUAUGCUAACACAACGGCAAGAUUUUGA